AUGGGUGUCGCAAGACUCACCAGACGAAGCGGUCUCAUUGCGCGCGCAGUGGGGGAUUCCAAGUACUCACCGGGACCCCUGCUCACGGCGCAGUCUCUCGUGGCACGCAGCAAGAUCGCUCUGUCCCCGCAUCACACCAAGCCCUUCUCAACCUCCCCAUCCCUAUCCUGCGCGAGACACCAAAGCACCAGCGGAGAACCACCGUCGAUCGCGGAACCACCUGCCAAGCCCAAGACCCAGACCAAGACCCAGACCAAGACUGACAUUCCUGGUGCGGAUCCCGCAGACCGAUAUGCAGCAGGCCUGCGCCUGAACAAGGAAUGGGCUGCCCAGACAGCCCGCAACCAGCCCGAGCUCUUCCCUACCCUGGCCUCGGGCCAAACGCCGCAGAUUCUGUGGAUCGGGUGCUCCGACUCCCGCUGCCCCGAAACCACCUUCCUAGGCCUGCAGCCCGGCGACGUCUUCGUGCACCGCAACAUUGCCAACAUCCUCCACCCGGGCGACCUCAGCUCCAACGCCGUUAUCGAGUACGCUGUGCAAUACCUGCGCGUCAGCCAUGUCGUGGUGUGCGGGCACACAUGCUGCGGUGGUGUCUCGGCUGCCAUGGGCAAUAAGAACUUGGGUAUUCUGGAUCCGUGGCUGUUUCCCCUUCGUCAGCUGCGCGAGCGCAACCUGGAACUUCUGCAGUCAAUGCAUGCUGAAGAGGCGUCGUCGAAGCUGGCUGAGCUGAACGUUCGCGAGGGCUUGAACAUUGUCAAGCAGAAGAGUGUUGUGUUGAACGCGAUCCGCGACCGGGGACUGCAGCUGCAUGGCUUGGUUUACGAUGUUGGAUCCGGUGUGCUUAGUGAGCUGGACACGCAGGACUCGGAGGAGGUUAUCAGGGCUCGUUUGACGGCUUUUCAAACGGAGUGA